GCGUAGAGAGAGAGAGAAAUAAAAAGAGAGAUAGAGCUGGAUUCACAUGGCCUUGUUCUUCUCUUCUCUUCUCUCAUCUCAUCUCAUCUCCCUCUUCUCUCUCCACCAUGAUCAUCACCAACCAAACUAAUUGAAAUCCAUUUGUUCUCUCAAACCCUAUUCUCUCUCUCUCACACUCUCUUCUCUUCUCUUCUCUUCUCUUCUCUUCUCUUCUCUGUGCCUCUAACGACAUGGCUGACGAUAGGGAGAUGCCGGCUGCUGUAGUUGACGGAGGAGGACACGAUCAAGUCACCGGUCACAUAAUCUCCACCACCAUCGGCGGCAAAAACGGAGAACCAAAACAGACGAUAAGUUACAUGGCGGAGCGAGUCGUCGGCACGGGCUCCUUCGGGAUAGUUUUCCAGGCCAAGUGUCUGGAGACAGGAGAGACAGUGGCGAUAAAGAAGGUUCUGCAAGACAGGAGGUACAAGAACCGAGAGCUUCAGCUGAUGCGCGUGAUGGACCAUCCCAACGUCGUCUGUUUGAAGCAUUGCUUCUUUUCGACCACGAGUAAAGACGAGCUGUUCCUCAAUCUGGUCAUGGAGUAUGUCCCUGAGAGCUUGUACCGUGUUCUUAAACAUUACAGCACUGCUAACCAGAGGAUGCCUCUUGUCUACGUUAAACUCUAUAUGUACCAGAUCUUCCGAGGUCUCGCCUAUGUUCACAAUGUUGCUGGAGUCUGUCACAGAGAUCUAAAGCCUCAAAAUCUUCUGGUUGAUCCUCUUACUCAUCAAGUCAAGAUCUGUGACUUUGGAAGUGCUAAACAGCUUGUUAAAGGUGAAGCCAACAUUUCUUACAUAUGUUCGCGAUUUUACCGUGCACCUGAACUCAUAUUCGGUGCCACGGAGUACACAACUUCCAUCGAUAUCUGGUCUGCUGGUUGUGUUCUUGCUGAGCUUCUUCUUGGUCAGCCACUGUUCCCUGGAGAAAAUGCUGUGGAUCAGCUCGUUGAAAUCAUCAAAGUUCUUGGUACACCAACUAGAGAAGAGAUCCGUUGUAUGAAUCCACAUUACACAGACUUUAGGUUUCCGCAGAUAAAGGCACAUCCUUGGCACAAGAUUUUCCACAAAAGGAUGCCUCCAGAAGCCAUUGAUUUUGCAUCAAGGCUGCUUCAGUACUCUCCAAGUCUUAGAUGCACAGCGCUUGAAGCUUGUGCACAUCCCUUCUUUGAUGAGCUAAGAGAACCAAAUGCUCGUUUACCAAAUGGACGUCCUUUCCCACCACUCUUCAACUUCAAACAAGAGGUAGCUGGUGCCUCACCUGAGCUGGUCAACAAGCUGAUUCCAGACCAUAUCAAGAGACAGUUGGGUCUAAGUUUCGUGAAUCAGUCUGGAACUUAAAAACGAUCAAAAGAACUAGAACCUUAUUUUUAAUAUACAAAUGUACCAUUACUCAGAGCCAGAAGGUAGUUGAAGGCAAACGUGGAGGACACAGUUAGAAGUUAUCAGACUCGGUUCCAAGAACGUUCUUUCUUAAAGACGAGUUUGAUGGUCAAAACAGACAGAGCUUCUAUGUAAACAUUGUUCCCCAAAAUCUGCAAGGAAAGCUAUUCAGUUGUAUUUUUCUCACUACUUUUUUUUUUCAAGUUAAGAAACAAAAAUCUCCUCUUUUGUUUGCAUUCUUUCUGCAUCUGUAAAUGAGUUUAGUCAGAGAUUUUUAUAUAGUAAAGUUUGAGCAGAA